AUCUUCAUCAGGACACUGAGGAGAGCGAACACAGCGGAUGUUAGACGGACCUGGACUUUUGGCAGUGCGGACCGAAUAUGGCCUCACCGAGGACAGUAACCAUCGUCGCCCUUUCUUUUGCACUAGGCCUCUUCUUCGUCUUCAUGGGAACGAUUAAACUCACGCCACGAUUAAGUAAAGAUGCCUACAGUGAAAUGAAAAGGGCAUAUAAGAGUUAUGCAAAGGCCCUGCCAGGUUUGAAGAAGCUGGGCAUCACUUCUGUGCUUCUGCGCAAGAUCAUCGGCACUGUGGAAGUGGCGUGCGGCGUGGUCCUGACGCUGGUGCCUGGAAAACCGAAGGAUGUUGCAAAUUUCCUGCUGCUGCUGGUCAUGCUGGCUGUGCUUUUCUUCCAUCAGCUCGUUGGUGAUCCUCUAAAACGCUACGCCCAUGCACUGGUGUUUGGCAUCCUGCUCACUUGCCGCCUCCUGAUCGCACGCCAGAGUGAUGAUCGGCCUGAGAGAGAGGAGCGACGAGAAGAACAGGUCAAUGCUCAGGAAAAGAACAAAAUCAAAGUUUCUUAGCUUUGCUUUUUCUGACUGUAGGAAAUGCAAAGCAGUGUGGACAUUUCCUGAAUAACGUAUCUGCUGAGACAAGUAAAAGGUGUUCACCACAAAAGACGAUUUACAGUCUUUAUGUCCAUGCAAGCAUAUUUUAGGCUUUAAUUCGAAAACCUCAUUCUCAAACACUGUUCCUAAGAGUGAAUAAUCAGGCUAGGAUUGCUCAUGUUAACCCCUGCUCCCUUUUGUCUAACUUGAUUUUAUUUUAUUCUGCCCUAUGAAAUGCUAAACUUGGCUUUAAGGGAGUUUUUACUAUUAUUGCGCUUAUUAUUGUGACUAUUUCUGUUUCUGACACCCUGAAAUGAGUAACAUCUUGCAAAACAUUUAACAUUGAUGCAAUGCAAAAGAUUUAAGAUUCUCUUUUCUCAGAAUAGGAUGUCAAAAAAUUUCAGAGCAUGAUACUUUGUGGUUUUAUUGUAAACCACAACAUGAUGAAAAUGUACGUGUUUGUGUAUAAAAGAUUUGUUGUUUUGUGUUGGGCCAUUAACUUAAUUCAUUAUUUCUUAUUAUUAUUACAUUUUUUAUUAUUUUUUUUUAUUUUUUAUAAAAGAGACAAUUUCCUUAGUGUUUUCUGUCAACUUCAUUUGAUUUGGUAACUGUCACUGUGUUCAAUAAAGAUAUCCUCAUUCUUCA